GAGAGGAAAAACCCUGCCAGCUCUAGCUUGACUGGAGGGUUUUCUCUCCCUGGUGCUGCAUUCGCACUCUAAUGCUCAUGUGGUAACAUCCAGGACUGCUUGGCUUCCCCUGUACUUUGGCCUGAUUCCAGUGAUCUCAAGUAGAAAGGCGAGAGAGAGACAGAAAGAAGCAGAGACAAAGUGUAUGUAUGUAGGAGAGAGAUAAGUGAGUUUAAAAGCAGGAGGGAGAAGCAGAGAUCUGGAAAAGGGACGAAAAGAAGAAGCGAUUGAGGGAGAAAUCAGCUGUAAAAAGUGAUCUAGAAGAACCAGUGGUGAAGAAAUAUUGAUUAGCUGACUGACAAUAAAUCCACCAAGAUGGCAACCAUGGAAGCACUGGAAUCCUCAAGUGCCCUGCUGGAGCCUCAAAUGCUAACUGAGAUCUCAGACGACGAGAUCAAUCUCGCACCCUCAGACUAUGAAGAUGAUGCCCUUGUUGCAGUCAAGAAAGAACUGUCCACCAUGGGCACGGAGGGGGAUGCUGCUGAAGACAAGGAUGAGGCUGCGAAGGUGGACACACAGGUGAACGGGGUCAUGGUGCUGACUUUGCUUGACAAGAUCAUUGGGGCAGUGGACCAGAUCCAGCAGACCCAGAGCGGGCUAGAGGCCAGACAACAAGAAAUGGAACGUUCGGUGACCAGCAUCCAGGGCGAGCUGACCAAACUGUCCAAAAGCCACAGUACCACGUCCAACAGUGUAAAUAAGAUGAUGGAGAAGGUGCGCAAGGUGAGCGUCAAUGUCAAGACGGUGCGGGCCACCCUGGAGAAGCAAGGAGGCCAGAUCAAGAAGCUGGAGAACAACGAGGCUGAGCUGCUCAAGAGACGCAACUUUAAAGUCAUGAUCUACCAGGAUGAAGUCAAGGUUCCCUCAAAACUCAGCAUCUCUAAAUCCAUGAAGGUUUCUGGGUCUGUGGCAGGAAGUAGAGGAGGCAGCUUGAUGGAGCUUAAGGAAGCUGUGGAAGAGCCUGGAGAAGAGGAAAGAGAGGGAGAGGACACAGACAAACCCCAUGUAGACCUCUCCUCAGACGAGGAGGGGUUGGAGAUUGAGGAGAUACUUGAGGAAACUCGUGCUGAACGGAUUAAGCGCAGCAGCUUGCAACGCGUACAAACCCUGAAGACCGUCUUCUCAAAGGAGAAGAUGGAUAAGACAAAGGCAAAGACCAAAGAAAACCUGGAGAAGACCAAACAAAAAACCAAGACCAACCUGGAGAAGACAAAGCAGAGGACAAGAGAGAACCUGGAGAAGACCAAACAAAAAACCAAGGACAACCUGGAGAAUGCAAAGCAGAAGACCAAGGAGAACCUGGAGAGAACACGUCACAACAUUGAGAAGAAGAUGGGAAAGCUUGGAAACCGCAUGACUGUCAACCCUGAGCGCAAGCAGAAGAUGCAGACAUCCCAAGACAAGGUGAAGAAAGCCUUCACACCAGACCAUGUUGUUUACGCCCGCUCCAAGACUGCUGUGUACAAGGUGCCGCCCUUCACCUUCCAUGUCAAGAAAAUACGUGAGGGUGCUGUUGAAGUGGUACAAGGCACUGAGAUGGUGGAAGUGUCUCAGGAUGCCGAACCCUUCAGUGAUGUGGAUGAGGCAGUUGAAGAGGGCGGAGAGGAGGUUGAGAUGGAGAUGAUUAACGGAGGAGGGGAUGAAGACGAGGCUGAGGAGGAUGAAGAAGAGGACAGCCACGAUGCCCUGCAUGAGGACGAAGAUAGAGACAGCGAUUAGAUAAAGAUUGAGGAAUUUCCCAAUAUCCCGACAAAAUUAAGUGCAACAACCCAAAGUCUUCUGUAAAAACUGAAUACAUUCGGAGGAUCAAGAAGAUUUCUAGAAAAUAAUAACAGUUGACUGUAUAUUGGAUCUUAUUUUCACUAUUUUGGCCAUUAUUCCUUUCAGUUAUAAGAACUUUGUACCCACCACAGUAAUUGUUGAGAUCUGGAAGCAUGGUGAUAUUGCUAGUUGACGACAGAUUCGUCAACCAGAUAGGUAUUAAAUAAAUUAAUACAUUGUCUAGAUUAUCCAAACCACUUUAUUUGGAGGCAAACUGCUUCCAAAAUGUCAGUAAUAAUUGAUUGCAAAGGUGUGCACUUUUACCUUGGAAAAAUUCAUUUUACAAUCUGGAGCAACCAAUUUUUACUAUAUACAUUUAUUGGGAAAUGAAUUUGAGUGAAAUUAACUUUGAUGCUAAUUGCUUCAUUACACUAAAACCCAAAUGUGUGCACUGAAAUUUGUUUUGCUUAGCUAUAGCCCAAGUAUUAAAUUUAAAUGUCAAACAUUGUUGACAAUCCUAAAUACAUUAUGCUAGAGCAGUCUAGUAUGUAGUCUAAUGCACUUGGUUUCAUAGACUUUGAAGUUUGUGUAGACCUAUCAGCCUACCAAGUUCUGCACUGGCUAUUGAACAAAGACAGGAGGAUCAUUGUUUCACACUGACAACACAUCCAAGAUGAUUUCUGCUUUUUAGGGAUUCAGGUGUGAAUAGGUCAAAUUUUGAGAUUAAACUUCCUGAGGACAGGGGACUCAUCAGGACUGUGUUUGAAGGACUUAGAGAAACAUGGAGGGAGAUAUUAUUAGUUCAGCCUGCAUUUACCAAAUGUUACAUUAUGAAGAAAUUGCUUAAUACCUGUCUGUUUAUCUUUACUGUUUUCAGUGGUCAUGUUUUUGAUCCACAUGGUCAAUGCUUUUGACUGCAGAAGGCGGGACUCGAUUUGAUCCACUGCCGAGGGAGAAGGCACUCACUCUUUGAUAUACAGACCAACAAUGUGAUAAACAUGACAUUUCUUUUUCUUUUUCAUUAAUCCAGUCCUGAUCAUGCCAUGCUCAUCCAAGAGAAUAACCCAAUUAGGGUCCCAAAGCAGUGCGACAAUGAGACGGUGUUGUCCAGGAUAAAAAUACAUGUGCUUAAGUCUGUUCAACUCAAACAGAGAAAACCAUCCAAAAACAACAGUGUAGCCAUAAUAGCAUAAUAUACUGAGAUUGAUUGAUUAUUGCAAUCAAACUGUAUUUUUAAGUAAUUCCUGACCAAUAGUGUAAAUGCACAACUAUGGUAAAUGUUGUACAGCAGGUCAAAGUUGAACUGGGAGGCUGGAAAGGCUUGCCCCUGUUUUCUUAUCUGAUUAAGUUUGGCUAAUGAUGGAAGGUUUGUUUGUUUUACUUGCUGUCUGAUUGGUCUCCUCGUGUCACUAGACUCAUCAAACGGUUCAGCAAGGUUACCCAUGGUUGGUUAACUAAGUACACAGCUUCAGUCUCACUCAUUAACUUUCAUUCCAGCAACAAUAGGCACCCGUAGUCAUUGAGGCUGAAUGUGUAAAUAGGCAACUCUUUGCUAAAACAUUCACCAUAGCAACCUAACAGGGUGAUACUAUGUCAGUGUUGUAUUCACAGCUUGUUGUUCCUUUAAAUGGACAUAGAAUAUCGAAGAGGAAAGCUAGUACCAGAUAAUAUUCUGGUGUAGAAAAACUGUACACAUUGCACAGAGAGGGUUAGCAAUGAGGAGUCAGGUGCCUUGCCCCCCAUCAGUAUAAUCUGCUUGUGGGUCUCAGCAUUUAAUUUGGUCCAGACAAUACAUUAUCUUGUCUAUUACUUAUCAACAAUAGGAAUGUUGGCCAAUAUUACAAGUAAGACACAAGAUGGGGCUAAAAAAUGAAAUAAAAUUGAUAACAGCUACUUAAAAACCAUAGUUUUAAGAAUUAAAGGAAAAACAAUCCCAUAUUUGUAAAAGCAUUUCAAGGUUUGUUAAGAGUCCAUUUGUGUUUGGAUGGUGUAGGGGAUCACUAAAAGUGAAAGAAGAAGAGGAAGAAGAAGAAGCAAGAAAAAGGUAAUAGCUAAACUGUCCUAAAUCAUCAGUAGGGUUUGCCUUUGUGAGAAGGUGUAUUAUUUUCAGUAUUUCAUUUAUUGUUUUAUUUUAAAUACACUACACUUACCACUAAAACUAGUGGAAUAAGUAUAUGACUCAACAUCUGCCCAUUGAAUUUCAUUUGAGUUCUCAUGAAUUGCUAAAAUGCAAUUCACAAUUAUUAUAUUGAUAAACACAUUGACUACAUGUUCAGGCUUAUUCAUAAAUUCCUUGGGUUUAAAAAAAGCACAUAUCACACAUGCAACAUAUUUGUACACCCCCUUUGUUGUUAAGUUGUUUGAAUACUGUUAUCUUACUCUGUUUAAUGUAAGCAUUCUUUAGAAGUCAAUUGAUUCUGUUGCAAUUUUGACGUUUUCAUUAGCUCACAGUUUUUAAUGUAUGAUUUUGUAGGUAAUCACUCUUCACAUUCUGCUGAUGUUAUGUCUUUUUCAUUACUGCAUAAUGCAACCCAAUUACUGUCUUUUAUAUAUAUAUGUUUUAUACCAACUUUCAUGCAGUACUCUUUUAUAAGAUUUUACUGCCGGUGUUCCCAAGAAAAAAACCUGCACCCAAAUGAAGGUUUAUGAAACACAAGAUUAAGACAGUCCAUUUCAUUUCACUCAACAAUCAUUUUCACCAUUAUUAUUUUCCCAUGAGUGUUUUGCUCUUAUAAAAACCUGCCAUGUAUAUCUUAAUAUGUGUUUCAUAAAUUAAAUGGGAUAAGGACCAAUUCUUACAUUAAAAACUGACAAACCUCUGGUCAAAGAAGCUUGUGUGUUAAUAGGACCUUUCUAUAUACGACCAAGUUUCUUUUCAUGUGCAUGAUAUUGCUGUGGUCUGAGACUGACCCCUAGUGUUCAGUCGUCUUGCUGUAAGUUUCUCUGUUCCAGGUUAAAGGAACAUUUCAGCUCCAACUUUUUCUUUUUCAAAUAACCAUUUCAUUGAAAUAUUUCCCAAGAGCAAGACUCUAUUGUCCACAUUUGCCUUUUUGUAAUAAGAUGUAAAAGUGUGUUUCAUUCUGCACAACGAUUGGUGGAAUUAUAUGAAUGCUUUGCAGGAAUGAAUUUUAAGAGUUGAUGUUUUUUGUUGUUGAAUGAUCUGCUGUGACUGCAUUACUUUUGGCAAAGUCAAGAUAAUAUUCCAUCCACUUUAAUUUUUACAAACUAAUGCUGUUCAGAAUAGUGGGGCCUAUCUUGACAUAAUUUGGUGUGAAGGGGUUUAGAAACUAAACAGGUCAGCAGCGUAUCCAAGGGCUAUCACAGAGACCGACACAAGAAACAUUAAUGAAUCAAAGAAAGAGUUUUUAUAUAACUUUUGAUCAUGUCACCAUAGUAUUUGUACUGUCCAGUGUGUAUAUGUGUGUCUUUGUCCAGUGUGUUAUGUCUAUCUUAGACAUAAAUUACAAUUUUAUUUGUGUUCAUUUUUUGUAUAUAAUGUGAAUCACUGCCAAUGCAGAUCACAAUGCAUACUGAUUUUAUUUACCGGAGAGCCUCUUGUCUUCUGUUGCAUAACUUCUUCAGCAUUUAGAACCGCUUGAUAAUGACACUGGCACUCAUGCUUUCAAGGAUAAAGCAUUCCAGCCUUUUUGAUCCACGGUUGUGGUACAGACAUUCGGUGGUUUAAGGCUCAGUCCUUGAAAGUAAAUCAACAAUGCCAUGUCUGUCAAGGCAGUGACAACAUGCAGCCAUGCUGAGGCCUUUGUCAAUGGAGCACCAAAUGUUGUUCACAUGUAACUGUUUCUUUGCUUUUGUUUUGUCAUUAACAGAUGCUAGUAUAAUGUUUAUUGUUUAUUUCUUAACCACUAAUGAUUUAAUUAAUAAAAACGACUUGGUUCACA